AUAUGCCAUUACAAAGUACAAGGUGCUGCCUUAUUAAGUGAAUAAAUAUUUCUGACAGUCCUGCCUGGCACUAUACCAUUACAUAGAGCAGUACACCCCAGGCGCCCAGGAUGUGGUCACACAGGACAGGCUAAGACCCCCUAAUCAUGUAGCUCUCCCAUCACGCAUGCGUUCUUCUGGUCCCGUCGCCGCCUUACAUGAAUAUCCUUCCGCCUCCCACUUUUUGGUAAAAUAAUUUUCUGCCCCCACCGCCCCGAAGAUUAUCAUACAGCCUCUGAAAAAUAGUCUUAAAAAAACGCGUUUAAUAAACUAGCAAAAAAUGGAAAGUGUGACCCAGUCCUUUCCUAUGUUGCAUGAACGACGUGAGCGGCGGUGAGGCGGCCCUUUAGAGAUAUCACUGUGCACAUCCGCGCACAACGCGGGGGACUUUAUUUCAGGGAUUUUCGGCGCCGAUGAGACGGCAUUUGAAGUAAACCGGCUCGGUGGAGUGAGGAGCCCCUCAGCCGGGAGUAGAGAGGCCAGGAGCGGGGUGGGCGGCAAAGCCACGGCGGGCACGGUAAGCAGAGGGAGCGCAUUUCUGUCAGGUUACCGAAUCUUUUCCAGGUCAGUGUUGGGUGUCGGGCCCUACCGGAUGUGGAAGUUGAUCUCUUCUGUGAUGUCCCUGGUAGAUUUGGGGAAAAAGCUUUUAGAGGCGGCUCGAGCUGGACAAGAUGAUGAAGUUCGUAUUUUAAUGGCAAAUGGAGCACCUUUUACUACAGAUUGGCUUGGAACAUCUCCACUUCAUCUAGCAGCCCAGUAUGGCCAUUAUUCCACAACUGAAGUGCUACUUAGGGCAGGAGUGAGUAGAGAUGCGCGGACAAAAGUUGACAGAACUCCACUCCACAUGGCUGCUUCAGAAGGACAUGCAAAUAUAGUAGAAGUGUUACUUAAGCAUGGUGCUGACAUUAAUGCCAAAGAUAUGUUGAAGAUGACUGCUCUCCACUGGGCGACCGAGCACAAUCACCAGGAAGUAGUAGAGCUUCUAAUAAAAUAUGGGGCAGAUGUACAUAGUCAGAGCAAGUUUUGUAAAACUGCAUUUGAUAUCUCUGUGGAUAAUGGAAAUGAAGAUCUUGCAGAAAUACUCCAGAUUGCAAUGCAGAACCAAAUUAAUACAAAUCCUGAGAGCCCAGACACUGUAACAAUACAUACAGCUACACCACAGUUUUUCAUUGGACCUGGAGGAGUAGUAAACUUAACUGAUGAAAAUGGGAUAUCCUCUGCGGUGCAGUUUGGCAAUUCCUCAACCUCUGUCUUGGCUACAUUAGCAGCAUUAGCUGAAGCUUCUGCUCCAUUAUCCAAUUCAUCAGAAACACCAGUGGUGGCUACAGAAGAAGUGGUAACUGCUGAGUCUGUUGAUGGUGCAAUUCAACAAGUUGUUAGCUCUGGUGGGCAACAAGUCAUCACGAUAGUUACAGAUGGCAUCCAUCUUGGUAAUCUUCAGUCUGCUAUCCCAACAAGUGGGAUAGGUCAGCCAAUUAUUGUCACCAUGCCAGACGGUCAACAAGUAUUGACGGUACCAGCGACUGACAUUGCAGAAGAAACUGUAAUCAGUGAAGAGCCUCCUCCUAAAAGACAGUGCAUUGAGAUCAUAGAAAAUCGUGUGGACUCUGCAGAGAUUGAGAUUCCAGAAUCUUCUGGGUCAGAAAUCUAUAUUGUGAAUACUCAGGAGUUCUCUCAGGAACGAGAAUCCCUUCAGAAGCAACUUGAUGAGGCCAAUCGAGAAGCUCAGAAAUACCGCCAGCAGCUAUUUAAAAAAGAACAAGAGGCAGAGGCCUACAGACAGAAGCUAGAAGCCAUGACCAGGCUGCAGACCAAUAAAGAAGUGGUAUAAAAUAGCUAGCGGACAUAUAGUUAAUGGUAUUUUUAAUCAGCAAGACGGCUCUGACCUAUUCUGUGGACUGUCAUGUUCCACAAAUGGGGCAUGCAGAAAGUGAGAAUGGAUCUCCAGCAAGAACACUUAUCCUAAAAGUGCUUGUCUUACUAAGGUCAAUUCUUGUGAAAAGUAUUUAAACUACUGUAAAUAUUUUUUUUUUUUUUUUUUUAAACAAAUUAGCUUAUAGGUUGAUUCUGAUUUUUUUGAAAGAUGCAGAGAUUACAAUGUCAAAGUCUUACAACAUAAUUCAGUAAGUAAAGAGGGCAGUGACUUACCUCUCUCUCCAUUCUGCACCACCUGCAAAAAAAAUGGGAAAACUCCUCAAAUCUGCAUUGCUUUCUUUAAACAGAUCAACGUGGCCUUUGAGGUUACCAUUUCCUAGUGGAAAUCUUUGUACAGCUUUUCAUUUGUCUCCUAUUAUUUGAACCUUUUUAUUUCUUUUUCUACUAAGCAAAAAUUUUGUAUGUUUAACUUCUGAGACAUCCAGGUAGAUUCACAUGUAUAUGAAGCUAAUAUUUUUUAAAAAUAAACUUUUGUAUAUAUGAUGCAUGCUUUUUCUAUACUCAUUUCUGCACAUAUCGAGCUGUGCUAUUUCUUCUGUACAGGCAUUUUAUCUUUAUAUAGAUUAGUCUAUUUCUAUAUACUGAUAACUGCCUUGUUACAUCUAACAUUCUUAAGACCCAUAUUUGCAGAACCUAUUGAGCUGCAAAGCCUUAAAUGGCUUAUAUAGAAAAGCUUUGAAGAACAUACAGAUCAAUGCCUUUAGACAAGAAGACUUUGAGAUUUUCAUAUCUUAAUUUAACAUUUGAUGACAUGGGCAUGUCAAUGGAUUGUUGAAAGAGGGACUUGUUCUUAUUUAAGGGAACAAUCCCUUUUGGGCUUUGCAGAUCUGUAAGUUAAGUUUUCUGUCUACCUAAAACUAGGCUGGAAUGAUUUUAGACUUCUGCAAUGCUUCUGGAUACGUAAGGCUUGAAUUAAGUCAGCAAUUUUUUUUUUCUAUUCACUCAGUAGAUUUGUUAUCCUUCUGGCACAUCAUUUCUAUGCACAAAUUACAAACACAUUUUUUAUUUUAGCAAUCACAGAAAAUUUCGGACUUCAUUCCAAGGAAACGGAAUGGGAAUAAAUGAAAUAUUACUGUUAUUACACAGAACUGUAAUUGUAAACUGUAAUUAUGUUACCAUUUUGUUUAAAUUAAAUAUGCAAUUGUUUCCCCCUUUUUUAUUUCUUCCAUUGCUACUCAAUGUUCUUGAAAAUGUGAUAAGUAUAAAAUACAGAACAGUCACAAUAUAUGAGGAUUUUAUUUUUACAUGUGGUUGUCUCUAAUUGAAGUUACAUAUCUAAUGAAAUGGAAAUAGAUUUAUAUUUACUUCUAUGAUAUACUGAUAUACAUAACCCAUAUUUGGUGGGUUGAGGAAUUUAAAUCUACAAUAAAAGUGGAGUAACUUUGGCAAUACUUUUUAUGUUUUUUGUACUGAUUUAUUUCAUAUACAUCGAGGUUGUCAAAAUUCAGCGCAAUUCCCUGGGAAAUUGACGACAGCUGUUAACGGUUAUCCAGGAAUCGAAAACAGACAUAAUUUCUUUCAGACCGUACCCUGUCUGUCUCCAGGAUGGGUUUGGUUCUGCAGCUAAGUUCCAUUGAAGUGAAUGGAGCUAAAUUGUAAUACCACACCCAAAGGGGAGACAGAUAGGGAGAAAUUUUUGAAAGAUAUUAGGUCUGUUUUUCGAUUCCUGGAUUACCCCUUUAAGUAAAUUUAUUUUUGACAGACACAUUACACAUCAGCAUAUCUGUAACUUUGUUAUACUGUCAUCCGAGCUCCCAAAAUACUAUGUUCUCUGGUAACCACAAACCAGAAAUUUCUGAGCAGAGUUCCUCUUUAAAAUUCCGCUCAAAAAUUCAGAUGCAGCAGAGUCUUAUUGCUCUCAAUGGGAUUCCACCGCACAGUAUGCACUAUAGAAUUUCAGCAGUGGAGCUUUCCACAGCUGAGAUUCCUCAGCUGAAUUAACUUGUUUAUUCUUUAGGUGGAAUACAUUGCCGUCUAUGGGAACCAGCAAUGUCCGCACUGUCUUAGUUUUGACUGCUUCAGUUGGCGCUGGCCACCCCCAGCAUGCCCGGCCAGAAUAUUUCUGGUCAGAGAUUCCGUAGUGUAAAGCUGGCCUUUGAUAUGUAUAAAAAAAGAAGAAAAAAAAUAUUUAAUUUAACUUGGAAUCAGUUCAAUAUUGGUAAAGCAAAAGCUAGAUAAGGCUGGAAUUCCACUAAGGCUUUUUAGCCAAAAACGCCAAUAAAAACCCCUAUUCUGCCACACAGCGGCGGCCAGAUGUUAGCUGCAAGUCAAUAGGGAACUGCAAAAUGCCAUAUCCACUUGGCUCUCUUCACAGCUAAUGCCGAACAUCGCCAAUCGGGCUGAUGUCCGGCAUUAUCCCUUUAGAACUAACAAUGUUUACUAAAAUGAAAGUAAACAUUGACGGUUAGCUCAGUGGUGCUGUUCGGGACCGCUGCGGUGAAAUCGCGGCGUCCCGAACAGCUUACAGGACGCAAGGAGGAUCCCUACCUGCCUCCUGACUGUUCCGUGCCUGAGAUCCAGGCAGGAGCAGUCGAGUGGCGAUAACACUGAUCAAUGCCAUGCUAUUGAAUGGCAGUGAUCAGUGUAGGAAAUCAGUGUGUGUAAUGUUAUAGUCCUCUAUAAAGUGUUAAUAAAUGUGCUUUAACCCCUUUCCUAAUAAAAGUAAGAAUGUCCCCCUUUUCCCAUUUAAAAAAAAAAAAAAACAAACCUGUGUAAAUAAAAAUAAACAUGUGGUAUCGCUGCGUGCGUAAAUGUCCGAACUAUAAAAAUAUAUAGUUAGUUAAAUCGCACGGUAAAUGGCGUACACGUAAAAAAAAAAUCCAAACUCCAAAAUUGCGUAUUUUUGGUCACUUUUUAUACCAUAAAAAAAAUGAAUAAGAAGUGAUCAAAAAUUCUGAUCAAAACAAAAAGGGUGCCGAUAAAAACUUCAGAUCACGGCGCAAGAAAUGAACCCUCAUACCGCCCCUUAUACGUUAAAAUAAAAAAGUUAGAGGUCCGAAGAGGAAAUUUUUCAACGUAUUAAUUUUGGUGCAUGUAGUUAUAAUUUUAUUUUUUUGUAGUAAAAUAAGAUCAAACCUAUAUAAAUUGGGUAUCCUUGCGACCGUAUGGACCUACAGAAUAAAGGUGCAAUUUUUACUAAAAACUGCACUGUGUAGAAACGGAAGCUGCUAAAAAUGACAAAAUAGUUUAGUUUUUUUCCAAUU